GCUCCUCCCGGCAAUUCACAGAUAAUAGGAACAUAAACAUUAUCUCUCCACUGACUAUGGGCAUGACGCCAAUCAAACAUCCAUGCCACUCACUGAGUCAUCAUCCUCCAUUAUAAAUCAAUACUUGCAAGGAUGUUUACAUCUUCAUGACCAUUGUUGAUUUUUAUUUUUAUUUUAUUUUUUUUGUGUGGAUAUUUAGAUUCAUCAAAAUAGUAUAGCAUAGCAUCCCACCAAGUAUCCAAAUUAGUACCAAAAACCGACAAUGAACCCACCACCGUCCGUACACAUCCAACCUUCCUCCCCGCGCUUCCCGCUGACCAGCGCCGCCCCAACAGCCUCCGGCGGGGACCAGCGGAAGGUCGCGAUCGCUGUCGAUUUAAGCGAGGAGAGCGCCUUCGCCGUCCAAUGGGCUGUACAGAACUACCUCCGGCCCGGGGACUCCGUCGUCCUCCUCCACGUGCGCCCCACGACCGUCCUGUACGGCGCCGAUUGGGGCUCUGUCGACCCCAACCUCCCCAACGACGCCGUUUCCUCCUCCGAGUCCCGGCAGAAGCUGGAAGACGACUUCGACGCCUUCACCACAACCAAAGCGGCCGACCUGGCACAGCCGCUGGUGGAGGCUCAAAUUCCGUUCAAAAUCCACAUAGUUAAGGACCACGACAUGAAGGAGCGGCUGUGCUUGGAAGUCGAGAGGCUUCAGCUCGGCGUCGUCGUUAUGGGUAGCCGCGGCUUCGGCGCCGCCAAGCGAGCCGCCAAGGUGGGCCGGCUCGGCAGCGUCACCGAUUACUGCGUCCACCACUGUGUUUGCCCAGUUGUGGUGGUGAGGUUUCCGGAUGACUCGGACGGGUCCGAACCCAAUGGCCCUAACCCGGUCGAGCUCCACCCGGUGCCUGAGGAGGACCAGGAGGAGCUCAGUGACGCCGAUUCGGGUGAAGAUGACCCUCAAGAAAUUGCUUGAGAAGGCAACAGGGCUGCAUGGGUUAAAGGUUGAAGGGUUUUGCAUGGGUUAAAUCUUAUUGUAAUUAUGGAAGGUGUAAAUUGUUCUUUACUUUGCUGCCUCUGUUCUCAUUGUAAACUGUAAAUUGUGUGCAAAAUCACUCUCUUUUGAUAUUUAUUUCAUGCAUCGUUCA